GGGACUUCUAGAUGGCCAGCCAGGGGGCAAAGUGCGAGUUUGUGGGGGUGUCAGGGUCCCCUGAACCGGCUCAGGGAUCCGCCUCUCGUGAUAGGAAGCGCCUGCUAAAUAGUCCCGGCUAUUCAGCGCUUCCGCCUAACUUGCCGCAAAGUUUUUCUAGAGAAGUGGGCUCUUUUACCCGGCGCUCCUGCAGGCUGCUAGAGCUAGCCUUCUGUUUCUUAGCUGGGUUUGCACUACGUUCGGGCUCUUUGAACUCCACACUCUCCCACAGCUUAGGAGCUGGAGCGGGAGCGCGGCGACAGUGUGCCUCCGCGCGCCCGAGGGGAGCCGAACCCCGGAGGAAGGGGCGGAUCGGGCGCGGUGUUUGGGACGGAGCGGGGCGCGCGGCGCUCGAAGCACCCACUCGGCGCGUUCCGGGGCUGGUGGAGACAGCAUGGGCAGUCCUGCGGCCGCACCCCUCGAGCUGUAGAUUCGCAGGCCCACGGCAGCCCGACUCGACGGCGUCCCCAUUGUGGGUCCAGUUUGUGGUCAUUGGAGGUCUUUUCUUGCAGAUACGCACAGCUCUCUGGCGCGCGCUCUCUCCUCCAGAGUUGGCCAAAGGCGCCCUUCCUUGCAGACCCCAACCACACCCAGUGGCAGAUGGAUUUCUUUGUAACUGGCUUUCUCACUUGUAGGGUCCAUUUUGAGUCUAUUCUUAACAUGGUGUCCUCAUUGUCAAGUAGACAGUCUCUUCCUAGAUGGAUAUGGUAAUGGAAUAUAUGUAGGGUGAAUGUAUAUGAGGUAAAAUGUUGUAACUUAGGAAGAGCAACAAAACAGAUGUGGUAGCUUUAAGGUUCAGAAUACAAAAGUUUAGGCUCAGUUUUCUUUUUAGGUUUAAAUUUGGGGCGUUUAGUGUUUGUGAUCUAUUUUAGUGAAAACAUUCGUUUAGUAUGUUUGGAUAUCAAAAGUCAAAAAAAAAACACCAGAAAAAUAAAAUAAGUCAAUAUUUAAGGAAUUCGUAAGAAUGCUUGAACUUUGUGUGGCUGUAGCAAUGGUGAAACAAGACGCCAAACUGUACAUCAGGGUAGGAAUUUCAUUAACUAGAGCGUCUGUGUGUUAGGCCUAGUUUACUGUUUUUUUUUUUUCUUUUUUCUUUUUUAUGCAGUAAGGGAUCGGAUUUGAGUGUACUCUAAAAUUAGUAUCCUCAGGUUGAACAGAUAGAAACCACUUAAAUCGAUGCAAUGGAAUACCCUGACCUCUUUUAACUGCAAAUCCGUAGAAAUGGAUUAUCUUUCAGCAAAACUAUAUGUUUCUGAUAUUCAUGAAGAAAGGCAUUGCAUUGUAUUAACAUUUUUCAGGCGUUAGCAUUUCAUGAGUAUGGUAAGCGUAGUAGACCCCGUUAUUUUUGUUAAAAUUCUCAUAAAUAAGAUGAUCCCCAGGUUUAGAAAAUUGUUAACAAAAGGGAAGGGAGGGAUAAAAUAAAAGUAUCUAACCUAUAUUGCACAUCCAAAUUUUUCUUUAUUUUUUGCAGUGAAAGUAAGUAUAAAUACCAAUUCAAAACGUUUUAGAUAUGGUUUUAUGGAAGGGUAAAAGGAUCAACAACCAUGAUGAAUACCUACUAUGUGCAUUGAUAAUGUAUGAGCUUUUAAAUGGUUGAGAUUUUUUUUAUCAUCACACUUAAAAUCCUAUCCUAUUCUCUGGUAAUAGUAUGUUGCGGUCCCAAGUUUUUAUAUCUUGAAGCAUUCCAGAGGAUAUAUUUUAGCAUAAAUACACAAUUUGACUUUAAAACAUACUUUAAACACGUCAUUUAAUGUACUUUUAUUGUUUACUUUUCUGUUUGGAAUUGUUCUUACUGAAGCAAUGUUUGCUUUAGAUCACUUAAUACAACUUUUUUUUUUGAUGAUAAAAGACUUGAGGGUUUUUUUGCCCAGUUCCUUUGGGUACUCUACUAAAAGUUUUGUGAUAAAGCACUAUAUAAGCAGAAGAAAAGAAUUGUAAUAAAGUUGAAGUUUUUAUUAAUUAUCUGAUCCCAGGUGUGUAGAGGCUAUGAAUGUUUUCAGUUCUACAUGGGGUAAUGACUUUACAUGGUCAGCAAUAUACAUGGGAUACUAGCACAAUGAGUAUUAAAAGGUAGUAUUUUGGUAGUAGGAUAUCUGGGGUGGAAUCAGAUCUAGACUGUUCUAAGAUUGUGAUUUUGGGCAAGAUUCAUUUUCCUGAUCUUGUAAUAAAUGAAUUGGAUGGAGUCUGAGCUCCCUUCUAAGCUUUGAGUUUUCUGAUUUUUAUAAAUUUAUGAUGUUAUCAUGGAGUAGCAAUGAUGGGUUAUUUGCCUAAGGGCAGAGAGGUUUUUUUGUCCUUUCAAAUUUAAACACAUAAGUUGAAUAUGAAGCAUAAUUGAAUCACGAGUAUAAAAAACAUUUUACUAACAGUUUAUGCAGUCAGUUUUAAACUCUUGGUCUUCAUUUCCAGAUAUCGUCUCUUCUUUUGACCACUGUUCCUGAUUGUGGCUUUGUCCAAGCAUUAAAUUGCGUGCCUUUUGUUCCUUGAAGAAGGAGAUGAAGAAACGAAGACAGAGAUUGAGACUUGUCUAGAGUAACACAAACCAAUGACAGAACCGAGGUGCAGAGAAGUCGAAGCCUGCCUGGUGUCCCAGAGAGUGGCUGCAGGUAGAGCUUGUAGCUGCUGACUUCCUGAUUAGCGCCAUCUCUGCUUCCAACUCUUACCUCUUGGUGAGUUAAUGUGGGAAAAAUCCUCGUAUUUUGAAGAUGUCUUGCAACAGUAUUGUUUCCUGUUUAAGUUACAAGUAACUUCAGUUUUUAGAGAAAAAAGAAAUUGGGUUUUUUUUUUGUUAAAUCAUGCCAUCUGAACAGAAACAGUUAUUUUUUGAUGAAAAACAAACUAUUUUAAAAAAAGAUUAUGAUGUGAAAAAUGAGAUAGUUGAUACUAUUAGAUCAGUGCUUAGGCCAAAAAUUUCAGAAAGUCGUUUUCAUUAUGAACUAAAAAAUGUGAAAAUCGAUUUGCCGAAGAUAAAUAUUCCAAAUGAAGUCUUUUUGAAACAUGAAGUUGACAAAUACAGAAAGUUAUUUCAGCGUCAACCACAGACUGCAAGAAAAUCUAUCAGUAUAAAGACUGUAAGCUGUGUAGAGGAGUGUAUGCUGCUCCAGAAGUCUGAGAGAGUUGAAGAAGAGGGUUUAAAAAUGUCGGCAAAAAUACUCAAUUUCAACUGUUUAAAAUGCCGAGAUAGCACUCGAUAUAGCCCAAAUGAUUUACAGAAACACUUUCAGAUGUGGCACCGUGGCGAAUUACCUUCAUAUCCUUGUGAAAUGUGCAGUUUUUCAGCAAAUGACUUCCAGAUAUUUAAACAACACAGACGGACACACAGAAGCACUUUAGUAAAAUGUGACAUUUGUAACAAUGAGAGUGUGUAUACUUUAUUAGACUUGACAAAGCAUUUUACAUCCACACAUUGUGUAAAUGGUAAUUUUCAAUGUGAAAAGUGCAAAUUCUCCACCCAGGAUGUUGGCACAUUUGUUCAGCACAUUCAUAGACAUAAUGAAAUCCAUUAUAAAUGUGGUAAAUGCCAUCAUAUAUGUUUUACCAAAGGGGAGCUUCAGAAGCACCUUCACAUUCAUUCUGGUACAUUUCCCUUCACUUGUCAAUAUUGUAGCUAUGGUGCCACUAAGAGAGAGCACCUCGUAAGACAUGUUAUAACUUUGCACAAAGAACACUUAUAUGCGAAAGAGAAACUGGAAAAAGACAAAUAUGAAAAAAGGAUGACAAAGACUUCAGGACUUAAGCUGAUACUGAAAAGAUACAGAAUAGAUGCAUCGAGGAAGACCUUCUGGAAACGCAAGAAGAUCAACAAUGGAAGCGACCGAAGUAUAGAAAAAAACACUCAAGUGCUAAAAAAACUGAACAAAACACAGGCUAAAUCUGAAGACCAGAGCCAUCUUGUUCAAGAACAUUUAAAUGAAGAAAAGGACGAAAGACCACACUGUGAGAAUAAUGAUAAACCUGCUGAGUUAGGGUCAGAAAAGCCAACUCUUCUGUCCACUGGGCAACAUAAUAGAGCUGAAGAGGGAUCACAUUCGACUCUAGGUUUCUUGAAGACUGCUGUACAAGGACCUACAGUGUUGAUGGUGAAAAAUAAUAGAAUAACAAUUCCUGCUAACUACAGUGCUGAUUUUAUGGGUUUUAAGAUGGUGGAUGGAAAACAACAUAUUGUAAUAAAAUUGUUGCCUACCAGUAAACAGAAUUUAUAUUCACCAGGCUCACAGUCAGAUGCUGCAAAGGAUGGUACUGGCAGUUUGCAGCCCCAGACACUGGACACUACUGGAUUUUUAGCAGGAGUAACAACUGAGUUAAGUGACACCGUUUACAUGAAAGCAACUACUCCAUUUUCGUGCUCAUCUCCUCUACUUUCAGGGAAAGUCCUAUCAGAAAAAGAAAUGGCUUUGCUAUCUCAAACGGGUAAUCUGCUUCAAACAGUGGAUGAUGAAAAAAGUGUGUCGUCUUUGUCAGCAUCAGGAUUGGUUACAGCAUCAGUGAAUUUGGCCACAAAAGUUGAAACAAAAGAUAAUAUUGACUUAUGGGGAAGUUACAUUCCUCAGAGUCACCCUGAGAUAUCAGGUGCUGCCAUUAGAAGUCCAGAUAAAGUCAACUCUGCUACCAAACAAAAUGCAUACAACAGCGGAGAUAUGCAUAACUAUUGCAUUAAUUAUGUCAGCUCUGAGUUACCUGUUGAAUCUUCCAACCACGGAUCAUUACCCUUUCAUAAUUACUCAAAAGUAAAUAAUUCUAAUAAACGUCGUAGGUUUUCAGGAACAGCAGUGUCUGAAAAAGAACCCUCAUCAAGCAAAACGGUUGUUCAACAACCAAUAAGUGAAUCGGUUUUAUCUUUGGUGCGAAAGGAGAGCUCAAAUCCAGAUAGCAUGUUAGCAUCUCUUAGCCUGUUAAAUACUAAAGAUGGAACUUUAAAAACGCAAGCUGAAAUUGAAGAACAAUGUGUGUUAGAAAAAGGACAAAACAUUGACGGACAGAACUUCUACACUAAUGAAAAUCAAAAUUUAGAGAAUAUGACUGAAAAAUCUAAGUGGGAUGACAUUUCUAAUGUUGAGUCACCUAUGAUGCCUAGAAUCACAUCUGUUUUCUCUCUCCACAGCCAACAGGCAUCAGAAUUUUUGCCCCCUGAAGUAAACCAGUUACUUCAGGAUGGGUUAAAAACAAAAUCUGAUGUAAAACAGGACUCUAGUAAGACUCCAGAUAAAGGCCCGCCACUUCAUUGUGACCAAUCAUUUCAGAAACCUGAGGGAGAAGGCAAAAUAGUUGAAUCUUCAAAAGACUUCAAAGUACAAGGCGUCUUCCCAAUUCCAUCUGGUGGUAUAGGGAUUAAUGUGCCUAUAAAUGAUCUGAAUUUAAAGUGUAGUGGAAAAGAAAAACAAAAUCUGUCAAUAUCACAAGAUGUGAGAGAUUCAGAAAAGGCACCUAGAAUUUCAGGUAUUGGCACGUUACUUAAGACUCAGUCAGAUGCAAUAAUAACACAGCAGCUCGUAAAAGAUAAACUGCGAGCCACUACACAAAAUUUAGGUUCUUUAUAUAGGCAGAGUCCACUUCUAAAUUCAGAACCAAAAAAAGCUAUAUUUGUUCAGACUCCAAAAGGCUUUUUUGUACCACUGCACAUUGCUAACAAGCCUGGAUUACAUGUUGUUUCAGGAAGACCGCUUCCAUUGGUUAACACACAAGGUGUACCUGCUUCUCUUCUUUUAAACAAGAAACCCGGGAUGAUUUUAACAUUUAAUCAUGGGAAACUUGAAGGUGUUUCCACUGUCAAAACUGAGAGUGCUCAAGCUUGUGGAACUACAGCUAAGGAGCCUUGCAGAACACCUUUUUUAAAGGUGGAACCAAACAGUAAUUGUCUGACACCUGCACUAUGUUCCAGCAUUGGCAGUUGCUUGAGCAUGAAAAGUAGUCCCGAAAAUACUCUGCCAUUAAAAGGCCCGUACAUUAUUAAAACAUCAGCAAGUUCUUCAGUGAAAGCUGUUCCUACUCCUAAUGUAGCUUCUGAGCACCAGGGCACCAAGUUGAAUAUUGUGGAAUCAGUAAAACAGCAGAAUGAGAUUUUUCCCAAACCACCUCUUUAUACCCUCUUGCCUGAUGGCAAACAAGCUGUUUUUUUAAAGUGUGUGAUGCCAAAUAAGACUGAGCUGCUUAAGCCCAAAUUAGUCCAAAAUAGUACGUAUUAUCAAAACAUACAGCCAAAGAAACCUGAAGGAACACCACAAAAAAUAUUGUUGAAAAUUUUUAACCCUGUUUUAAAUGUGACUGCUGCUAACAAUCUGUCUGUAAACAACUCUGCAUCCUCAUUGCAGAAAGACAAAGUACCAUCUAAUCAGACUACAGGAGGAGAGCAGAGAGAGCCAGAAUCUUCUAGAGAUGCCUUACCCUUCUUACUAGAUGAUAUGAUGCCAGCAAAUGAAAUUGUGAUAACUUCUACUGCGACAUGCCCAGAAUCUUCUGAGGAACCAGUGUGUUUCACUGACCGUUCAGACACCAGGGUGUUAAGGUGUAAAACAAAUUGUACAAUUGAGAGAAGCUUCGAUAGAAAAAAGACUUCCAAAAAAAAUUUUCCAAGAAUAAAAACUCAUGUAAGAAGUAAAGAUUCUGAAACUGCCUUUGUACCUAGAAACAGGAACUGUAAACGAAAGUGUAGGGAUAGUUACCAAGAACCUCCAAGAAAAAAGGCAACAUUACAUAGAAAGUGUAAAGAAAAGGCAAAACCUGAAGCUGUCCGUGAAUCGUUUGGAUUUAGCAGACCGAGGCUUUCAAAAGAUGCAGUCAGAACUUUGCGGCUUUUCCCAUUUAGUUCCACACAGCUUGUGAAAUGUCCUAGGAGAAACCAGCCAGUUGUAGUUUUGAAUCAUCCUGAUGCAGAUGCCCCAGAAGUAGUAAGUGUAAUGAAAACUAUCGCUAAAUUUAAUGGACGUGUACUUAAGGUUUCAUUGUCAAAAAGAACUAUCGAUGCUUUACUGAAACCGGUUUGUGGUAAUGCUUCACAAACAAUUUAUGAUGAUUUUUCCAAGAGGCAUAAAACAUUUAAACCUGUUAGUUCUGUGAAAGAAAGAUUUGUGCUAAAAUUAACACUCAAAAAGAUGAGCAAAAACAAUUAUCAGAUCGUGAAAACUACCUCUGAAAAUGUUCCAAAAGCUAAAUUUAACUGUUGGUUUUGUGGUAGAGUAUUUGACAAUCAGGAUGCUUGGGCUGGUCAUGGGCAGAGACAUUUAAUGGAAGCUACUCGUGAUUGGAAUAUAUUAGAAUAAUUUACUGUAGUUACCAAGGAACAGAGAAGUAAAAGGGUCUUAGAAGAAAACAGUGGGUUGAAUUACCUUAAGGUAAUUGUCUACUUCAGUACGUACCUAAAAUUGAACAUCGGAAAGUAGGCUGUAUUUCCAUGGGAGACUAGAAGAGUUUUAUGUGUGAUAGUUGCAUAUGCUGUCACUGCACACACAAGUUUUGAAAGAAAGUAAUCACAGCACAGAUGUACCUUGAUUUCGUUUUUUUUAAGUGUGUUCUUGGGAAAUUAGGGCUAAAGAAAAUUUUGAUGUAACAGUUUUCCCAGUUUAGUUAUUUAGGGACUCUUAGUAGAGGGUAACGGCUGACAACUGCAUUCCCUCUCUUCUUCCACCAGCCUUAGGAAUCUGAUAAGUGUAGCUCCUCUGAAGAUGGAGAGAGCUCUUUCACCAUGGAGCUGAAGGAGUUCCUCAUCAUUUGUGAAGAUACACUAAGAGAGCUUGAGUAAAGAAUUUAACUUUACAUCUGCUCGAUAGAGCUGUUUUGAAGGGUAUUAGGUUCCUUAGAGUAACUAAGUACAGUUAUACCUCUUGAUGCUUGAAGAGAGUUUUUGACAAGUACAUCGUUUUUUCUCUUACGCUGUGUCCCACAUCAAGGAUCGGAAUACCCUCCCAAGGUGAUUUUCUUUUUCUAAAUGGCUGUGUCAAGCACUGUAGUAGAUGAGAAGCCUCAAAAGAAGAAUUAAACUCUCUGGGUCUAGUUUGAAGUCUCGUGAAGGAACUUGAACAUUUUUCUGAAUUUGAUGAUAAUCUCCAGUGAUUCUCUUGCACAGAACUAUGCUUAUUUGAUUUAAAUUGUUUGUCCCUCUUAAACCAAAUGGCCCAUUUUUGACUUGGUUGCCAUGCAUUUAAAAAGUGGACCAUAGACGCACUUCCAAGGGAAUGGCUUUUCUUGAAAAUAAAAAAUUAUUCUCCAGAAACCGUAAUUUGAAACAAGAUUAGCAAAGCAAAUCAGAUUUUUGCUGUUUAAUUACUGUUAGGUGUCUAAACAUGUACACUCUGGGACAAACCAUUUUUGUUAGCACCUUUUCAGUAUGAUUGACAGCCCAAAGCAGAUUCUUUACUGCUUGUUGGCAGUUGAAAUAAAGAAGCAUUAAUAGUGGAUUCAGUGACAGUGCAUAAAAUUUCAGGACAGAUUCCUAGGGGACAUACCCAGCAGGUAGGGUUUUAAAAUGGAUAUUUUCAUGACGACAGAAUCAUUGACUGAAACUUCACCGUGUAAGUUUGGAUCAAAUUUUGUUGGAUCAUUGGAUAACGGAGUCCUUGUAUUACAAAUUACUGUAUAAUUUUUGUUAUAUUGUUACUACAAGUGUUACAACAUUUUCAUUGACUGAAAACUUCAGGGCUUCUUUUCUGUAUAUAAGAAAGAAUUUAAACCUGUACAUAUUUUUGUACCUUUCAGUUUGUUAUGUAAAUUUUGCACAGAAAAUUUUUGACAUAAAAAGUUUAUUUUCCUUCAGUUUAGUUCUGUGCAUGCACUAAUAAAACUGGUUGUUUAAUUUAAAAGGAAUAUGUAAGACUUUACCCAUGUCCUUUUCUUGGUUUUUAUUUUAGAUGUAGAAUUUUUUUUUUUUU